AAAGCUUAUCAAGUACGUACAAUCCAAAAGAAGAGCGAAUGCCAAGGACCUCGUAGCGGUGGCGGAUGGAGGAAAUGCUGGAACUGUAGAAACGCGAGGCCUGUUAGCAGAAGAUAAGGUUCACGCGUUAUGUCAAAAGGAAGAACCAGCAUUUGAGGCCAAGACCAAAUUGAAAGAUGAUGUGAUUGUGUCCGGAGGAACAGAUGCAGUGGUAAAGGAAGCAGAGUUCGAACAAAGCUCCGAUGACACCGGCAGAAGCAAGGAAGAUAUGUGUUCAACCACUCAUAUUAUGUACACCAUUGGUACACGACUCAUUUGUGUGGUAUUCCAGGAGAAUUAUAUGGUCGUAUCUGGAGGAACAGACGCGGUUGUAAAGCUCGAGAAAACCGCGGAAUAG